AUGGAUCAUCGACCGCAAGCUUGGGGCCGUCCCAGAGACGACGUCUACGGCGCCUACGAUGCCUCAUACAUGCACACCAACGGUCCCAACCAGCACACCCAGUCCCCCGUUGUAACGGGAACAUCAGUAGUGGCCAUGAAGUUCAAGGACGGUGUGGUCAUGGCAGCAGAUAACUUGGCCUCCUACGGUUCCCUCGCCCGCUUCACCGACGUAAAGCGCAUCCGCACCUUCGCCGACACCUCUAUCGUCGGCUUCGGCGGCGACGUCUCCGACAUGCAGUACCUCGACCGGCACCUAACGGAGCUCGGCAUCGACGAGGCCUACAAGCAGACGGCGCACACGCUGAACGCCCGCAGCCUGCACAAGUACCUAUCGAAGCUGCUCUACCACCGGCGCUCCAAGUUCGACCCGCUAUGGAACCACCUACUCGUCGCCGGUCUCGACGAAGAAGGCAAGCCCUUCCUAGCCGCCGCCGACCUCCUCGGCACCACCUUCUCCUCGCCCUCGCUAGCCACCGGCUUCGGCAGCAUGCUCGCCCAGCCCAUCAUGCGGCGGUACGUGCCCGACGAGGAAUCCGUCGCCAACGUGACGCGGGAGCAGGCCGUCGACGUCAUCCGGGAGUGCAUGAAGGUGCUAUUCUACCGCGACGCCCGCUCCCACGACACGUACUCCCUCGCCGUCGUCACCAAAGACGGCAUCGAGCUCACCGAGAACGAGAAGCUCGAGAAGCAGAGCUGGGCCUUCGCCGACCGCAUCAAGGGCUACGGUACCCAGACCGUGUAA